AAACACGGCAUUCCUUUCCGACAAUGCUGGCAUACCUACUCUCAUCGCACCAACAAUCUUAAACCUCUCUCUCCCAUUGUUUCCGUUGAUUAGAGUUUUGUUUUUCUCUCUGUUUUGCUAUGGAAAAUAAGAAGAGAGAAGUGAGGAACGAUGACGAUCGGGACGACGAGAACGACGAGAUGAAGAUGGAGAAGUUUUACUCGCUCUUGAGGAGCUUCCGCGACGCACGUGAUCGGCGCCGAAAGGAAUUGAUGGAGUUGGAGAAGAACGAGAGCAACCGGAAAAAGAUGAAGGCCACCACCACUACAUCAACCAAGGCCAAGCCAGAAGUUGCUUUCGAAUUUCAGGACUUUACCACCGAUAUUCACUUCAGAAAACCACCUUUGGUUUUUCCCAGUCCAAGUUCACGUGGCACAACCAAAGACACCAACAAUGGUAAGAAGAACAAAGAACAACAUGAUGUUGCCCUCGACCUCAAACUCGCUCUUUAGCUACGCGCUUUAAACAACUGUCACCAAGACCACGGUCCUUCAAUUUUUUUCGGAGUUUUUUUUCUUCUUCUGAUUAUACAGUUA